CUUUGAUCCUCGUGGGUGGUCCGGCUGAAUUAAAACGAUGCUCCGAUGAUUCAUUCAUAAACGCAGAGUCUGCUACAGACGACUGUUUAUAGAGUGCGAGUAAACACGCAUGUCGGCGCCGGCGCUGCGUGUUGCGUUCAAAGUCGGGUAAAAUGCACGUUUGAGCGCCGAUCUUUCAGCAGACGCGGCGCUAUGAGUCUAAUAAAGCGCAUACAUCGCAGUCGGUACCCGGGGGCGCGUUCGCUCCCACCGUGCCGCUAGCAAAGCGCGUCUCCCCGGCGACCACCCACACUCCGAAGGCGUCCGCUAGCGGAGGUGGGAGGAGGACGCCAUUGCUGCCGCAGCUGGCCGCCUGCGCUCCAGCCUCGCCAAACUUCACGAUGCCGAGCGCCUCCCAGACGUUUCUCGGGCUCCGCGUUCACUUUGCCGGCGUGGGAGCGGCGCGGUGAGGAUGGAUUUGUUCGUCGCCACGGGGGAGAACGCGUGGAGGCACAGCGAAGAGCCCGUGCAGAGUCCCACCAUUGCUUCACCUGUCCGGUGGCCCCGUCUCGCGCCAUGAACACCAGCAGGAACUGCACAGCUGCGCCAGCUGUGGGUCACGUGCCGGGCCUCGCCGCCCUGGAGUCGGUGUCCAUCGUGACCAUCACGCUGCUCGCCUGCCUGGGGAACUUCCUGAUCGUGGCCACCCUUUAUCGCAGGCCCUACCUCCUCACGCCCAGCAACAAGUUCGUGUUCAGCCUGACCCUCUCCAACCUGCUGCUCUCCGUGCUGGUGCUGCCGUUCGUGGCCGUGAGCUCCGCGAAGAGGGAGUGGGUGUUCGGGGUGGUGUGGUGCAACUUCACCGCCCUGCUCUACCUCCUCAUCAGCUCUGCCAGCAUGCUCACUCUGGGAGCCAUAGCCAUCGACAGGUAUUAUGCAGUGCUCUACCCAAUGAUCUACCCCAUGAAGAUCACAGGGAACCGGGCGGUCGUUGUCAUCGCCUACGUGUGGCUGCACUCCCUGGUGGGCUGCCUGCCUCCGCUGUUCGGCUGGUCCUCCUUUGAGUUUGACUGCUUCAAGUGGACAUGCGUUGCCUCCUGGCACAGGGAACCAAGCUACACGGCCUUCUGGGUCGCGUGGUGCAUCCUGCCCCCGUUCUUCGUCAUGCUGGCCUGCUAUGGGGUCAUUUUCCGCGUCGCCCGCAUGAAGGCGCGCAAGGUUCACUGUGGUACGGUCGUGGUUGCUCAGGAUGACGCCAACGGAGCUCAGAGGAGCGGACGCAAGAACUCGAGCACCUCCACGUCCUCCAACGGGAGCCGUCGGAGCCUUGUGUACGCAGGGAGCCAGUGCAAGGCUUUUAUCACCAUCCUGGUGGUGAUAGGCACCUUCCUCGUGACUUGGGGGCCGUAUGUUGGGGUUGUGUGCACUGAAGCUCUGUGGGGGCAGGGCAGCGUUUCUCAGGGGCUUGAGACCCUGGUAGCCUGGCUGUCUUUCUGCAGCGCCGUGUGCCACCCACUUAUCUACGGUCUGUGGAACAAAACUGUGAGGAAGGAGCUGCUAGGGAUGUGCUUUGGAGACCGCUACUACAGGGAAUCGUUCGCUACGCGACAGAGGACGUCCCGACUCUUUAGCAUCUCCAACAGAAUCACAGACUUGGGCAUGUCCCCGCACCUGACGGCCAUGCUGGCAGGUGGAGGUCAUCUGUUGGCCCCUGGAAGUAGCACAGGAGACACUGGGUUCAGUUUUACACAGGAUUCAUGCACAGAUGUGAUGCUGCUGGAUAACUUCUCCACAGAUGGUUGCUCCCACUCACAGCCCCAUGGGAAUCUGUCUGCGAAGAGGAGGAGCUCCGUCACCUUUGAAGACCAGGUGGAGCAUUCCAAAGGUGAUAAUAUCAACACAUCCUCUGUUCAAGUCCACGCAGAAAUACACAAAUCUCUUGAUACCUUUGCUGCCUGCCUGGCAAAGGCUAUAGAGAGUGAUGCUAAGCUGACUCUGUUUGGGGAGACGCUUCCAGCGGGACAGUUCACAGCGAGGGCAACGCAGAGACCUCGAUACCUGGAUGGCCAGAGACUGCGGCUGGAAAGCAUAGAUGAAGGGAUUGUAAAGGAUGACAGAGGUGAAGGAGAGCAGAAUGUGGAGGAAAAGCAGCCUGAGUAAGGUCCAUCUGUUACACAUUUUCAUAGAUCGCGCUUAUUUUAUUGUAAGAGUGUACACAAUUAUGUGCAACUGUUCAGAGUGGAGCUUCUCAUGCUCUGUAGAGCAGUUAAUGAAGUCCUUGUUCACAUUAGUACUCCAUACUUGAAGGUUUUAGGAAAUGCACAUUAUCCAUUCCACAUACAUUUUUUUGCAGGAAACCUUAACUUAAAUACCUCUAGUAGUUUGUUCACUACCCAGUUACCGUUACUGUGCAGCUGAAGGUCUCUGCACUCUGCGUCUAGCACUAAUAUUACAUCCCCUUUAAAGCUUUUCUCAGGUACAGUCAUGUUCCAGGCACAGAUCAUCUCUCGUUUAGAUACAAGACUAUCUGGCUUCUAGCUCCUGUGUCUUUACAAGCAAAGACAUUUAUUAAGUUUUAAUAUUGCAAUCAUUAAAUACAUCACUAGUUUGAUACUAGCUCCUACUUGUUUACUUACUGUAUCUUCAUAUGUAUCUCCAAGCGGCCAGUUAUUGAACUGGACGUUAAGUCAGUGGUAACCUAUAGGUUGAAAAUGACAACAUCAAUACAGCAGAAGCAAAGUUCGGCAGAAGUCAGUGGAAGAAUUCAGUUAUCGUCCAGGUAUGAAUAAUAAAAUAUUAGUAACUCCUGUGCUUUACGUUUUAUGAAUACUCAAUUAUUCAUUUUAUCUUUAAAAUAAAAAAGGAUUUGCUGCUAUAUCCAACAGCCCAAAGUGCUGCCUCAGAUGUCUAGAUAUUUAGACAUAAUUACAUUUACUAUCACAUUAAACAAAAGCAUCAGUUCCUUGUGUAUGAGAAGCUGGAAACAUCAGCUUGGGAAUAGAAAGAGUUACUUGGUAGAUGAAGGAACAUUUCUAUGUACUGGCCAACCAUUUGUAAGAUAUGUAUCAGUAAGGUACAUAGAGUGAAAUGUGAUAAAUUGCAGGUACCUCCAGAAACCAGUUGUUGUCUUGUACGAUGACCUGCUACAGGCCACUGUGGUAAAGAUUACUGCAAGAUAAAGUAACGGAGGCUAAACCAUGUCCAGAUUAGUCAGACAGACGGAUUUAAAAUGGUUUUAUUACUGAAAGCGCAUAAGCAAGGACAUUUCAUGAUAUUAUGCACAUAGUUUGCAGUGCAAAGCAUGUCAAAUAAAUUAUUGUAUGUCCAUGUCUGUGAUUGAGAGUCAACCCACUGACAUAACAUCUGUCUGAUCUGAGGACGUGGGGUUGUAAAAGUUCCCAAACGUAAAAACGGCCUUAAUAAUUUGAUGCAUCAUGUGGUUUACCUCUGUUUACACACGCCAACGCUCCCUUUACUAUUACACAACAACAUUUAGAACAUGUAGAGCACAAUUCUGGUGCCUCAAUCUUACCUCGUAUUUUUAUAUUAUGUUUGAACAGGUACCUAUUUUGUAAGACAAAAAUAAACACCUGAGAAGUGAUGUGACCUUUUUCACUAUACAGGAACUAUAACAAGUAUUUGCAUUAAACCUUUGUAUCAACAUUAUUCUAUUAAAAGUUAGUUUCCUCUUUACAUAAA